AAGGUUACCAUAAACUCUCUUAUUUACAAACAAAAACUAUUUCCGAAUCCUUGAAAAUCUUCUAUUUAUUAUGAAACUAUUAUAGAAAUUAAUUUUUGUCUUCUGAAGAAAAUGGGAAAGUAAUUUGACCAAAAAAAUAUUUAUAUUUAAACCUUUUAUAAAGUGUCAAUGAUUUUAAUGUAUUAUUUAUAACUAUAACUGCAUGUAAUAUAACCUCAAGAUGAGUACCAAAACAACUAGUGGAGGAGAAAUAGAUCCUGUACAAGAGGAAUUAGUUGGUCGAAUUCGCGAAGUCGGGAACCAAGCAAUUUGGAGUCUGUCAAGCUGCAAACCUGGUUUUGGUGUUGAUCAAUUACGAGAUAAUAUCACGGAGACUUAUUGGCAAUCAGACGGCCAAUUGCCACAUCUCAUCAAUAUUCAAUUCAGAAAAAAAACUACAAUUAAAGAUAUUUGUAUAUACACAGAUUAUAAAUUGGAUGAAAGUUAUACACCAAGCCGUAUAAGUGUCAGAGCUGGAACUAACUUCAAUGACUUACAAGAAGUUGAAAUAAUGGACUUGAAUGAACCUAGUGGAUGGGUUGUUAUACCAAUUAAAGAUAUUAAUGAUCGUCCAAUCCGAACUUUUAUGAUUCAAAUCGCAGUUAUCAGUAAUCACCAAAACGGAAGAGAUACUCAUAUGAGACAAAUUAAAAUUCAUAGUCCAGCUCAAGAUAUACUAAGAUCUUCUUUAUAUUUUCCUGAAAAAUUUGUUACUAAUGAGUUUAAAUACUUUUCAGUAAUUAGAUGAAAAUUUAUGUCUUAAAAUAUAACUAAAAAUUAAGUUAACUAAAGUAUUUUAUAAGAUGUUUUCAUUUUGUACAUUUUUAUUAAUGUUAUUAAAAGUAGCCAACAGGACAUUAAAUUUCAUAUUG